CAAAUUGAGUCUGUUUGCCUGUUCGCCAUGUUUUGCACUUUCCCUCUUAAAUGCACCUGAUCUAUAUGCUUUUUGUAAAUUUGAAAAUUGUUGUUCAGACAGACGACAUAAAAACAAAAACUACCGACUUCAUUGAUCAGUGUCAUAGUCUACUAGAACAUCAUGAUGUUACUCAUGUGGCGGUUCAGCACACUCUUGUUCGAAGCACUGUGUGACGCUAUAGCUGGAGAUGCUCCAGUUGUUGCUCCUUUCAUGUUUCCACCUGCCCUCAAGGAAGGAGAAAGAGGAAGUGCUGUUUGUAAUAUCAGAUCUGGAGACAGACCUGUAGACUUUCAGUGGACGAAAGAUGGCCAAGAUAUAACGAAAUCGUCCAGUGUAGAUAUACAGUCUCUUAGAGAUUCUUCAUAUUUAGUCAUAGAAACCGUUACAGCAAAAAGCUCCGGAAAUUAUGCUUGUAUAGCAACUAAUGCGUAUGGCAAUGAUCAGUUCACUGCAAGCCUAACAGUAACAGCUCCUCCCGAAUGGCUAAAUGAACCCAAGGAUGUAUUCAUACAAGAAGGUGAAAGUUUAACAAUUGAAUGCGCAGCAUCUGGAGUUCCAGUACCUGUGAUAAAGUGGAUCAUAGUUAAGUUGCUUAAAUAG